AGUUCUCUUAUUUGAGUGGUCGAAAACGAAACAAGAAUACGCAUUUUUUAAACACAGAAAAUAAACCCAAAACCCGAACCCAUCCAUCCAAUCCAACCUCGUAUUCCAAUGGCGACUCCAGUGAAUGUGUACGGACCAGCCAUGUCCACAGCUGUGUCCAGGGUCCUAGCCUGUCUCCUUGAGAAAAAUGUUGACUUCCAGCUCAUCUCCGUUAACAUGGCCAAGGGCGAACACAAGAAGCCUGAGUACCUCAAGAUCCAGCCCUUUGGCCAAGUCCCAGCAUUUGAAGACGAGGACAUCUCCCUCUUUGAGUCUCGGUCGAUAUGCCGAUACAUUUGUGAAAAGUACGCGGACCAAGGAAACAAAGGUCUGUACGGGACGAACCCACUGGCAAAAGCAUCCAUAGACCAGUGGCUAGAGGCGGAAGGGCAGAGCUUCAGCCCACCAAGCUCGGCUUUGGUGUUUCAGCUCGCGUUCGCGCCGCGAAUGAAGAUCAAGCAAGACCAGGUGGCGAUCAAGCAGAACGAGGAGAAGCUGUCCAAGGUGCUGGACGUGUACGAGAAGAGGCUGGGGGAGACCCAGUUCUUGGCCGGCGAUGAAUUCUCUUUGGCCGAUCUUUCGCACUUGCCCAACGCGCAGUACUUGGUGAACGCCACUGAUAGGGGCGAGCUCUUCACUUCCAGAGAGAAUGUGGGUAGGUGGUGGGACGAGAUUUCGAGCCGAGACUCGUGGAAGAAGGUGGUUGGUAUGCAGCAGCAGAAGAGUGCUUGAAAUUUGGUUGGUGAUUUUGGUCUGUCUUUCUUUAUCAGUUUUAGUUGAAUAAAUUGCUUCAAUCAGAGACAUUUUUUUCAUUUUCUUUUUCUUUGGGUAUUGCUGAGUCCAGGAUAUCUAAAUACGAAACCCAGUCAAAUUGUCGUUUUGCUGAAUUUACGAAGGAUUCUGCCGCCCCGCUAUAACUUUGUGUUUCUUUAUGAGACUAAUAUUCAAAGUUAGUAUAAUUGAAACAUAAAAUUUCUUCCUU